UGACACCCCCAUCACUCUAACCAAGAGCUUGAACAGACAGGCAACACAUUCGAAGUCGUUCUUGUAAUCAGCAGGUAUCGGCAAGCUGAGGUUUUCUCUAAAUACCGGUGUGGUGAUUAGAGGGGAACUAAUUCUUGAAGAUGGCUGGGGCUAUUAUAGAAAACAUGAGCACAAAAAAGUUGCUUAUCGUCGGAGUUACCCUUCUUCUUUUCCAAGUGUUUUCAUUUAUGGUGGGAGGCUUAAUAGCACCAAGCCCAACCUCUGCCGUCCCCUACAUAGCUACAAAGUGUGUUGAUGUUGUCCAUCACAAUCAGAGGAGCAGUAAAUGGUUUACACCCUGGGGUCCCAACCAGUGCAAUAAGAUCCGGGAUUUUGAGGAGGCCACAGUGAAGAGGAUUGAAGCUAAUAACAUCGUUUUUGCAGUACACAUCCCUGGACCGAACAAAGAGAUGAGCCCUUGGUUUCAGUUCAUGCUGGUCAUCCUCCAGUUCGACAUUGCAUUCAAACUGUACAACCAAAUUGAUGAUGGAGCUGUGGUAACCAUAGAUGUGGGAUUGGCCUAUAGAGAUGAUACACUCAGUGAGUGGACUGAGAUGGCACACUCAAUUGAGCAGCGGAAGCUGAGCUGCAAUUUCACAACAGAAAAGACCAUUGAAAAUGAGGGGCGAUACUAUGAAUGUGAUCUCUUACCUUUUAUGGAAAUGGGCAACGUCGCUCACAAGUAUUAUCUCCUUAACAUUCGACUGCCUGUGAAUGAGCGUAAAAGAGUGAAUAUUGGUAUUGGAGAGAUAAAGGACAUCAGACUUGUGGGAAUCCAUCAGAAUGGUGGCUUCACACAGGUGUGGUUUGCGAUGAAGACUUUUCUGACACCCAGUAUUCUCAUCAUCAUGAUUUGGUACUGGAGACGAAUCACUUUGAUGACACGUCCUCCUGUCCUCCUGGAAAAGAUGAUCUUUGCUUUGGGGAUCUCCAUGACCUUUAUCAACAUUCCUGUAGAAUGGUUUUCAGUGGGUUUCAACUGGACAUGGAUGCUUUUGUUUGGAGAUAUUCGCCAGGGCAUUUUCUAUGCUAUGCUUCUGUCUUUCUGGAUCAUCUUCUGUGGAGAACAUCUCAUGGACCAGACAGAGAGGAACCGCUUUUCUGUGUACUGGAAGCAAAUAGGCCCCAUUGUUUUUGGCUCCUUUUGUCUCUUCAUCUUUGACAUGUGUGAGAGAGGAGUGCAGUUGAAAAACCCAUUCUUCAGCAUCUGGGCCUCAGAAGUUGGGACAGAAUUGGCUAUGGCCUUCAUCAUUGUGGCAGGAAUCUGUGCUUGUCUCUAUUUUCUCUUCCUGUGCUUCAUGGUCUUCCAGGUAUUCCGGAACAUUAGUUGCAAGCGCUCAUCACUCCCUGCCAUGACCAAAGCACGUCGGCUUCAUUAUGAGGGUCUAAUCUUUCGUUUCAAGUUUCUUAUGCUCGUCACACUGGCAUGUGCAGCAAUGACUGUCAUUUUCUUCAUCAUCAGUCAGGUGAAUGAAGGUCAUUGGCAUUGGGGAGACUACACUGUUGAGGUGAACAGUGCAUUCUUCACUGGAAUAUACGGCAUGUGGAACCUCUACGUUUUUGCACUUCUGUUCCUGUAUGCACCAUCACAUAAACACUACGGCGAUGAGCAGUCAAGUGGGGGUCAAGGAGCCAACAGUGGAGAAGACAUUCAGCUCACCACUACCAUUACUCAUGUGGAUGGUCCAACAGAGAUCUACAAGAUGACUGGCAAAGAGGCACAAGAGUAGCCUGCUUUUGCUUUCUUUUCUGCUUGCCAACACUUUUACGUUACACUUAUAUAAUCUCCUCUUUUUAGUACCUACAGUAUAUGUUACUUAAAGCGUUUUGAAUUUCCGGACAGUUUCUACAAAAGGGCCAAGUUUUGUGUUUGUUUGUUUGUUUGUUUGUUUGUUUGUUUUUAAAUGAAAUAUCACGGUCACAGUAAUACAUAUAAUAAAUAAUAAGUGUAUUAGUGAGUGUAACAAACUUGAUGGUACCUUUUCCCUGAGGAAGGUUGAGAGAGUUGAAAUGAAUUAAAAUGAGUGACUUUACUAAUGCCAGUUGGUACAUCUUGAAAAUGAGAGAGAAAACAUGAUAAUUAAGGCUAUGUAUUUCCUCCUGCACUUUGCCAUUUUAAGUUGCUGGCUGUAAUUGUCUAAGUAUAAAUUAAAUAAUUUUGUCUUGAAUAUUGUUCUCAUUUUCAUUUUGCCCAUGUAUUUCUGUCAGAGCAGUGGUUUCUCAUGAGUUGCUCAUUCUUGUUAUGUGUUACCAUACAAUUACAUCUGCCGUUGAGAUUAUACUUUCUGUUCAGGUUGUUUGUCUGUUAGUUUGGCAGCAGGUUUACACCAAAAUUACCAAAUUGAUUUCCAUGAAACUUCAUGGAGGGGUGUAACAUGUGCCAAGGAAGAAUAUGUUCAAUUUUUGAGCAGAUUCAAAUAACAGGGGAAAGAUCCACUGUGUAUGUUUCGCUUUUGUUAGCAUUGUGAGAUGGGGCAUGUGCGGCUGAUGUGAUGUGUUCUGCACUCUCUGUGUUCCCUUCAUUUUCUUUUUCAACAUGUCACAUCUGAUGUAAUCCAUGUCUUUUCUAUGUAGUGACUGUUCAUAGUUUUGCAAGGCCAAAGGCCAAAUGUAUCAAUAUUUGUGUACAGCCGGUCAUAGGACAUUGUGUACUGUACGGCGUACGCCCAUUGUUUUGUAGGACUGGAACGUCUGUUAAACUAUGGAAUUAAUACUGUUUUCCAGACUCAUCCACAUUUCCAAAUGAAAGUACUGGAAAAAGUCUGUUUGGUCAUAGUAAUAUGUAAAGUUGGUAACGUGUCAAUCACAACAGCUUUGAAUAAACAUAACAAAAUGUGGAAAACUUGAAAGGUUCUGAAAACUUUCCGGUUGCACUGUAUGAGUUGAGAAACGCCUAUUAAGUAUGUAAGGUCCUGGUUGAGUCUAAAAUAAUGUCAGUGUAGAUCUAAUGAAGUGAAUUAAACAAGCUAGUCAUUCGUUUUGAUUACAGUUGCAAAACCUGAUAUUGCUGAAAAAAGCAGGCUUCACACUAUUAAAUGUAAAAGUCAAUAGUGUGAUUUAUUUUCCAAUCAGUGAUGAUGGAAAAUAAGCCGUGGAGCUUUGGUGCAACUUUCUAAAGCGCCAUACCACAUUUGCCCAAGUGCCCAUGGGGGACCCAGGUUCGAGUCCAGGCCGGGUCAUUUUCUGAUCCCACCCCAUCUCUCUCUCCCAUUCGCUUCUAGUCUCUCUUCACUGUCCUGUCACAAUAAAAGCAAAAAGCCCAACAUAUAUAUAUAUAUAUAAAAAAAACCAAGCCACAAGCCAAACAUUAAGCCUACUUACACAAUACAUGUACGCAAAUUCCUGUCUAUAAGGAUUGAUACACAGACCAAUUAACCUACUUGCAUCAAUAAUAAUUCCUCUAUGAAUAUAUUAUAUAUAUACCUAGAUACCAUGCAUAGAGAUGCACGUUUUUUCAUGUAUCUUUUCAUACGUAUUUUAUACUUAGAAAACUGCUCCGCACAAUUUUAUUGUGUGCAUCGUCGAUACUUCAGGCCCUUCAUGGAAUCUGGCACUCGUUUUGAACUACAAAUGUUUUUUACACUGCAAAUAUAUUUUAUGUAAUACUUAAAUAUUAUACAUGUAUUUUUUGUGUCCGGGCUUUAAUUAAAACUUGAAAACAUGAA